AUUAAACUAAUCCGCGUAAAAGACGAAGACAAACCUAAACAAUAAGGAAAAUUGUAAACCAAACAUAAGUACACUUCACCAUUAAAUUUUCUAAACCGGGACAAAGUCGGCCGUAUACGUCUAUAAGACAUAAAUGUUUUCUCCGGUUAAAGUCCAAAUUGUCUGAUAAUGACAUAAGCCUUCUCCGGUUUAGCUCAGCUUUGACCAAAACUUUCUCCAUGACGUCAUCACCGUUGACAAUUUCAAUCUUGUUCUUCUUUUAUCCUCCCUCGCUUUCUCAGAAGUUUCAGACACAACAGACGAUAUAAAACCAAGAAUCUCUGUUUAACUUUUUAAGAAUAAAUGGAAAAAGCUUCAAACAACAACAAGUCCGCGAAGUUCUCGAAAAUGCUUCAAAGAGCGUUGUCAAUUGGUCACAGUGCGGCGCCGUUUAGUCCAGGGAGAGAUUUUCAUCAGUACCGUACGACUUCGACGGCGAACAGAGGAUAUUUCUUCUCUAGUCCGUUGGUUCCAACGGCGGCUAGAGUUAGGAGAAGUACCAAAAACGAAGCCGUUUUUGCCGAACCCACUUCGCCUAAAGUCUCCUGCAUCGGUCAGGUCAAACUGGCUAAACCUAAAUGUCCGGAGACGAAAAUCAAAGCACCUAAGAAUCUCAAAGCGGCGUCGUCUUUAUCAUCUUGUGUUAUUAGAGAAGAAGACAAUGGAAGCUUUUCGAAACUAAAGCGUCUCUUCUCAACGAGAAGUUAUCCGUCGGGAAAAUCCAACUCCACCGCCGCAGCGAGAGAACAUCCGGUCGCGGCGGUUGAAGCGGUCACGGCAGCGCCUUCAUUGGGUAAAAUGAAGAAAUUCGCGAGCAGUAGAGAAGCUCUCGGUGGAUUCGAUUGGACGGUCCAGAUGAAACGUGAGCAGUCACAGUCGGAUCAUCGCAGAGGUUUCUAUUCCGGUGACGAAGAAGAAGUAACGAUUCCAUGCUCUGUGAGUAUGCCUCUGACUCAGCUAGAGGGUUUGAGUUUAUGUCCGAAACCAAAAAGUGAAGUUAAUUUGUGGAGGAGAAGAACCAUGGAUCGACCAAAACGACUUCAAGUAAUGAAGUAAAAAGCUACUGCUUGAAUUUUCUUCGUUGCUUUUCAAUGUAUAUUUGCUUUAUGUGUCGGAAUUUCGUGUCUGCCACGAUGACACGUUACUACGUAAUACUAAGUCUGAGUUUUGUGAAUAGACAGAAAUUAAAGACAUAAAUAAUUCAAAGUGUGAAUAGAUCAAAACGUUUUUUUGUC